UAUGCAUACCAAGCAUGGUGUUUGCCAGUGUUUGUUUCACGCGUCUGCAAUCUGCAUCCGAGUCGUGGAUCAUCGUAAACAAUUUUUAAUGUCAUUACGAUACUGUUUCCUGUAACUUACGAGAUGUCCGUGCCCGAGAAAGUACUAAUGCGAAAAAUUAAGAAACGAGAGAAGACAAAAUUAACGGUGCUAAAACGGCGGGAGGAGCAAAAAGAUGCAAUCAAAUCAGAAGAAAUACCUGAGAUAAGUCAGCAAAGCGCAAAGGAUAUUUCUCUAAAAAAAAAUAUGAAAUUUAAAGUGCCUGAGAAAAGUGAAGAGGCUGAGGUAACUAAACAACCUCCAGCUGAAACUAGGAAUUUACCUGGCACAGCUGUAGGUUUUGAGGUGACAAACGAUACAACCUUCUCAGUAUUGAGCGAGAAAGUGUGCGAAAAUACACUGAAGGCGAUAAAGGAUAUGGGUUUUACGAAUAUGACUGAGAUACAAGCGAAAGCUAUUCCAUCUCUUCUGGAGGGAAGAGAUUUGGUUGGCGCAGCCAAAACCGGAUCCGGCAAAACUCUGGCGUUUUUAAUUCCCGCCGUUGAAUUGAUUUACAAGUUGAAGUUCAUGCCCCGUAACGGUACCGGUUGCAUAAUCAUGUCUCCUACGAGGGAAUUGUCUAUGCAGACUUUCGGAGUUUUGAAAGAAUUGAUGAAGUAUCAUUAUCACACGUACGGUCUGCUGAUGGGCGGCGCCAGUCGGCAGACAGAAGCGCAGAAACUCGGAAAGGGGAUCAACAUUAUCGUGGCGACGCCGGGACGAUUACUGGAUCAUUUGCAGAACACGCCCGAUUUUUUGUACAAGAAUCUUCAAUGUCUGGUCAUCGACGAAGCGGAUCGUAUUCUGGAUAUUGGAUACGAAGAGGAAUUGAAGCAAAUCAUCAAUAUCCUUCCCAAACGUCGGCAAACUAUGCUCUUUAGCGCGACGCAGACACAGAAGGUGGCGACGAUAACAACGUUGGCCCUCAAGAAGGAACCCAUAUACGUGGGAGUCGACGAUGACAAGGAAAUGGCGACCGUGGAGGGCUUACAGCAGGGUUACGUGGCGUGCCCGAGCGAGAAAAGAUUUCUACUCCUGUUCACGUUCUUAAAGAAAAACAGGAAGAAGAAGACGAUGGUCUUCUUCAGUUCCUGCAUGUCCGUUAAAUAUCAUCACGAACUCUUAAAUUACAUCGAUUUGCCAGUAAUGAGUAUACACGGUAAGCAGAAGCAGACGAAAAGAACCACGACCUUUUACCAAUUUUGCAACGCUUCUUCGGGUAUUUUGCUUUGCACCGACGUGGCCGCGAGAGGUCUCGAUAUACCCGACGUCGACUGGAUCGUGCAGUACGAUCCACCAGACGAUCCCAAGGAGUACAUCCAUCGCGUUGGUCGUACCGCUCGCGGAGAGGGUAGCAGCGGUCAUGCCCUGCUGAUAUUGCGUCCGGAAGAGCUUGGUUUCCUUCGUUAUCUCAAGGAAGCUCGCGUACCCGUGAACGAAUACGAAUUCUCUUGGAAUAAAAUCGCCGAUAUACAAUUACAGCUUGAAAAUUUGAUAUCGAAGAAUUACUUCUUACACCAGUCAGCAAAGGAAGCGUUUAAGAAUUACGUCAGAGCGUAUGAUUCACAUCAUUUGAAGCAGGUCUUUGAUAUAGAGACUCUGGAUUUGGCGAAAGUUGCUAAGUCCUUCGGAUUUGUCGUAUCACCGGCAGUAGAUUUGAAAGUGGGAAUCAGUAAGGCUUCACGACCACGAAAGAGGCUCGGCGGAGGCGGUUACGGACAUUUCAAAAACAUAAACGACCCGAGUUCGGCAAAGCGGCUGAAACGCACCAAGACCUUUCGCCAGAUAGGCAAACGUGGGCAGGACAAUCGGCAAUUCAGCAGAUAGCAGUCAUCAUCCACGCGCAACUUACAGGCGUAGACGACGGACAAUGGCGUACGAUGGCGGCGCAUCAUUAGGGAUCAAUUUAACGUCAUAUUAAUGCAUCUCGGCGUGGUAAUCUGAGAAUCGACAAGUGUGACAACCCAAUCUUCAACUUGAUCGCUAGAAGACGACCCUUACCGCACUACCGGCAAUUCGUAAAUAAGAUGCAGGCAUCUUAUUUAGGAGAGAAGCAUACGUACAAAUCGUACUUUCUCAUAUGGAGUCGAAAUAAACUAUCGAAUCGUAUGUAUUAUGUAUAAUACUGUAAAUAAUUUUAGUAAAAAAAUCAUAAGUGAA